ACCUGAACCACUCCAACCUUUUUUCAUUCUAUCCCUUCACUACUUUCCAGUCUCAUAAUGGGUCGUGUUUUGCUUAAAGUUAUCAUCCUUGGCGACAGUGGUGUCGGAAAGACUUCGCUCAUGAAUCAAUAUGUCAAUAAGCGGUUCAGCAACCAGUAUAAGGCCACUAUCGGUGCUGACUUCCUCACUAAGGAAGUUAUGGUAGAUGACCGGUUAGUCACUAUGCAGCUAUGGGACACCGCCGGGCAGGAACGCUUUCAAUCACUAGGAGUUGCGUUCUAUCGAGGAGCUGACUGUUGCGUCCUUGUGUACGAUGUGAACAGUGCCAAGUCAUUUGAGACCCUGGAUAGUUGGCGUGACGAGUUUCUGAUCCAAGCGAGUCCUCAUGAUCCGGAGAACUUUCCCUUCGUUGUCCUAGGCAAUAAGAUUGAUGUUGAAGAGAACAAGAGGCAGGUUACCCAGAAGCGCGCCAUGACAUGGUGUCAGUCCAAAGGAAAUAUUCCUUAUUUCGAAACAUCCGCCAAGGAAGCCAUCAACGUUGAACAAGCAUUUCAAACUGUCGCCAAGAAUGCUCUACAACAAGAGGCAGAGGAACAAUUGUAUGUCGACUACCCGGAUCCAAUUCAACUCGACUCGGAAAGCUCUCAAAGCUAUGGAUGCAACUGUUGAUGUCUCAGAAAUACCCUUUUUU